UAGUGAUCCUAUGAUAGAAGAGGAUUUCAUGAAUGAUCCAAUGACAUAUAGUGGAAAUUUAAGGUGUUCUACUGGUUUGGCAUUACAGAGUAAUAUCGAAUGGUUAGGGGCACAUCUUAGAGAAAUAAGGAAACCUUUCUUAGUACAACAUGGUUUAAACGAUCGUGUUACUGAUUGUAAAGGAUCUAGAGAUUUCUAUGAACAAGCUUCAACUCCAAAAAAUGAAAAAUCAAUUCUUUUAUAUGAAGGUUGUGAACAUAUUAUGUUAAGAGACCCUGUUGCUGGAGAAAGAGUUUUUAAAGAUUGUCUUGAUUGGUUUAUUUCAAUGGAUACAACAUUUAAAUUUAAAUCUUGA